AUGGAUCAAUACGCCCCUCCACCUGGUCCGCCUCCUCCGCAAGUCCCCCCCGGCUGGAAAGCUCAGUUCAACGAGCAAUACAGAGAAUGGUGCGUCAUCAUCUCAGACUCAGUUCUACGUCAAUCUGCAUACGAAACAGUCGCAAUGGGACCGGCCCAGCUCACCGGCGCGUCCCCUCUCAUCCGAAGGCGGUCCCACCGGCCCACCACCCGGCUACGCUGGAUCCGACAACCCCCUGCUCUAUCCCACGCUUCAGAUACCAAGAAGCCAUUCGACUCGAACAACCCGUACGGUGCCGGCGCGACCGCCGAAGACGACGCAGCGCUGGCGGCACGACUCCAAGCCGAAGGGCAGGCGGGCGGAGCCCAAGACCGGACAUGCCGAGCUUGGGCGCAAGCAACGACUACUACGCCCAGGCUCCGCUGCCGCAUGGUCACGGUCACGGGCAAUCGCCGGGCCAGGGCGCCGCUCCACCAGGCAUCCACGGCGGGUAUCCCGGCGCGCCCUCGGCUCCGCAGGCGGGUGAAGACAACCGAGCGCACAAGAGCGGAGGCGGGGAACUCAGGAGGCUAUGGCGGCUACCCGCAGCAAGGUGCCUAUGGCCAUCAGCCCGGACACGGCGCUGGUGGCAUGCUGGGCGGCCUGAUGGGUGGUGGCGGCAGCCACGGCGGCGGGAUGAUGGGCGGAAGCCACGGCGCCGGCAUGAUGGGUCACGCACCGCCCCGGAAGGGCAUGGGGGCCGGUGGCGCCGCCGCGUUGGGUGUCGGUGGUGGGGUCGUGGGUGGCAUGAUGCUGGCGGAUGCGAUGCACGAUUCCGAUCACGAGGAGCGGUGGUGA